ACGGGGGUUACACACCAGGGCAGCCGCCGCCGCCGCACCGGGAUCCCUCGCCAGCCGCAGGCCCCGGGCUUCCCCUCCGUCCUCCUUUCCCCAAGUAAACUUCCUGCUCCCGGCCCGGCCGGGAAGGGAGCGGGGCCCGGCCGGACUCUGCCCCCGGCACACACAACAGCUGGAGCUGUCAAAACUUCCUCUCUGCCUCGGCCCCUGCCGCCGCCCGCCCCGCCUCCGCCCCGGGGGCGCCGCCAGGGGGAGGGCGCCGCGUACAAUGAAGCGGCGGCCGCCGCCGCAGCCGGGCAGCGCAGGAGCCGGAGCAGCCGCUUGUUCCCGGGGCCUCUGAGCGAGGCGCCCCGCCGCGGGAGUGCCCGAGUAUCUCCCCCCCGCCCCCUGGCGAGCCCGCUCCGCGGGGCGGUUAUUGUGCGUGAGCCCCUUCCCCCCCUCCUUCCCCCCCGGCCCUCCCGAUGCCGCUCCCCCUGCUACCUGCGCUGGUCGGCGGCGGCUGAGGCCAGCGAUGCGAGGCGGAGGUGGAGGAGGCGGAGGAUGUCAACGGAGGACAAGAGUCUAGUCGGGGGGGUGGCGGAGCCGCCGCCGCCCCAGCAGCCCCCCGAGCCCGGAGCUCCCCCCCCAGCAGCAGCCACAGACAAAAGACCUAGGGGCCGGCCUCGCAAAGAUGGCGCUUCCCCUUUCCAGAGAGCCAGAAAGAAGCCUCGGAGUAGAGGAAAAACUGCAGUGGAGGAUGAAGACAGCAUGGAUGGGUUGGAGGCAGCAGAAACAGAAAACACUGUGGAAACAGAAGUCAAAGAACAAUCUGCAGAGGAGGAUGCCCAAACUGAAGUGGACAGCAACAAGCAGCUAACACCAGUUCUUCAGCGCUCAGUAUCUGAGGAGUCUGCAAGCUCCACUGCCUCUGUUGGUGUUGAAGCCAAAACCAGCGAACAACUCUGCGCCUUUUGUUACUGUGGUGAACGAAGCUCAUUAGGACAAGGAGAAUUAAAACAAUUCAGUCCAACGCUAGCGUUUAUCAUCCCUGGGAAGAACCAGCCUUUAAGUAAGAGUGAAACCAACGACAGCAGCGAUGGAGCUUAUGAGAGAACUCCAAGGCAAAACUCAGUGCCACGCAAACAAAGGGGACAGAAGAAAGAGAGACCUCGACAGAGUAUAGCAUCAUGUACAAGUGUAAGCACUCAAACUGCUUCUGAUGAUCAGGUUGUCAAAUUCUGGGAUGAACUCAGUUUAGUUGGCUUACCAGAUGACAUUGAUGUCCAAGCCUUAUUUGAGCCAACAGGUCACUGCUGGGCUCAUCACCGCUGUGCAGAGUGGUCAUUGGGAGUAUGCCAGACUGAAGAGCAGCUAUCAGUGAACGUGGACAAAGCUGUUGUCUCAGGGAGCACAGAACGAUGUGCAUAUUGUAAGCACCUUGGAGCCACUAUCAAAUGCUGUGAAGAGAAAUGUACCCAGAUGUACCAUUACCCCUGUGCUGCUGGAGCAGGCACCUUUCAGGAUUUCAGUAACUUCUCCCUCCUUUGUCCAGACCAUAUUGACCAGGCUCCUGAAAGAUCAAAGGAAGAAGCAAAUUGUGCAGUGUGUGACAGCCCUGGAGACCUCUUAGAUCAACUUUUUUGUACUACCUGUGGGCAGCAUUACCAUGGGAUGUGCCUGGAUAUACAAGUUACACCUUUAAAACGAGCAGGUUGGCAGUGUCCUGACUGCAAAGUGUGCCAGAACUGCAAGCAUUCUGGGGAAGACAACAAGAUGCUGGUGUGUGAUACGUGUGACAAAGGGUACCAUACUUUUUGUCUGCAACCAGUUAUGGACGCUGUACCAACAAAUGGCUGGAAAUGCAAAAACUGCAGAGUGUGUGCUGAGUGUGGCACACGAACCAGUUGUCAGUGGCACCACAACUGUCUAGUGUGUGAUAGUUGUUACCAACAGCAAGACAACCUACCUUGUCCUUUUUGUGAAAAAUCAUGCCACCCAGACUUGCAGAAAGACUUGUUGCACUGUCAUAUGUGCAAAAGGUGGAUUCAUAUAGAAUGUGACAAACCUCCAGGUAAUGAAUUGGAUUCUCAGUUAAAAGAUUACAUCUGUACUCUUUGUAAACAACUAGAAGGAGAAGUGGAUCAGACACAGCCAUGUGAUCUAAUGCAGACUUCUGGACUGAUUCCUGAAUCCUGCAGUGUGACAGCUUGUACAAAUGAAAUGGAAAUUGGAGGUGAUGCAGAAGAAGUGGCAUUUCAGGAAAAAAGAGUUACUGAUGAUGGUCCUGGUCAAGAAUCAACAGUUGGAUGUGUCACAAAUGUUACAGACAUAUCACAGGAUGAAAAGACUGUUGAACUGGAAGCAGGAGUUUCUAAUCAACUUGGUACAGCUAAAAUGGAAACAUCUCCUAAAAGGACACCAGCAUCUGAUGACAGUCAAACUAAGCACAUGAUGGAAGUGACAGAAAGCAUUCAAGCUGUAACGCAGCCGGAGUCAGACAAACAAGCAGAAGAGCAGCAACUGUCACAAGAUGCUGAGGUAUCAAAAGUAUCCACAGAGGAAACUCAGCCUCCCCUUUCAGCACCUGAGGCCACAACUACACCACCAGAAACUUUAGGGUCUGUGAAUAAAGAGGAGACUUCUUUUAAGAUAGAAGAACAAUUGGAGACAGUAAGAGUGCAAGAAGACGUAGAAAAGAAAGAAACCCAUGAAAGCUCUGAAACACCAACUUUUCUGUUGAAAGUGGAAACCACUCCUGCAAAUGAAAGUUGUGCAAACAGUUCACUAUUAGGAGACAAACCUAUAAAGUCACCGACGGAGACAUAUUCUUCAUUUUCAUCAUCAGUUGACAUAAACAAGAUAAGUGUGUGUUCCUCACCAGUAGUUUCAUUAGAUUUGCAUUCUGCACAUGAUAUGAUGCACAGUCAGACUCCACCACAGAGUUCCUCUGCUGGAAAUGUUCUCCCAACAACUUAUAUAUCUGUCACUCCAAAAAUCGGCAUGGGAAAGCCAGCUAUCACCAAACGAAAGUUUUCUCCUGGGAGACCAAGAUCAAGACAGGGGGCUUGGAGUACCAAUAAUACAGUGAGCCCACCUUCCUGGUCCCCAGACAUUUCAGAAGGUCGGGACAUUUUUAAAUCCAGACAGCUUCCUGGCAGUGCCAUUUGGAGCAUCAAAGUGGGCCGUGGAUCAGGAUUCCCAGGGAAGCGGAGACCACGUGGUGCGGGUCUUUCCGGAAGAGGUGGCAGAGGUCGAUCAAAACUGAAGAAUGGGAUUGGGGCUGUUGUCACUCCAGGGAUGCAUAAGAGGUACUAUCUGGAGGAAGGGGGAAGAGAGACUGCUGCAGAAACAUUUGACAUCUCUUUCUUUGUGGUCACAACCAUGGAUGUUUCAUCUAACAAAGACGAGGAAGAAAACUCGAUGCAUAAUACAGUUGUACUAUUUUCUAGCAGUGACAAGUUUACUUUACAUCAGGAUAUGUGUGUAGUUUGCGGGAGUUUUGGCCAGGGUGCAGAGGGCAGGUUGCUUGCAUGCUCUCAGUGUGGUCAGUGUUACCAUCCCUACUGUGUCAGUAUUAAGAUUACUAAGGUGGUGCUCAGUAAAGGCUGGAGGUGCCUGGAGUGCACAGUGUGUGAAGCCUGUGGGAAAGCUACAGAUCCAGGAAGACUGCUUCUCUGUGAUGACUGUGACAUCAGCUACCACACUUACUGCCUAGAUCCCCCACUGCAGACAGUUCCCAAAGGAGGAUGGAAGUGCAAAUGGUGUGUUUGGUGCAGGCACUGUGGAGCAACUUCUCCUGGUCUAAGAUGUGAAUGGCAAAACAAUUACACGCAGUGUGCUCCUUGUGCAAGUUUAUCUAACUGCCCAGUCUGCUUUCGCAAUUAUAGGGAAGAAGAGCUCAUUCUUCAGUGUAGGCAAUGUGAUAGAUGGAUGCAUGCAAUCUGUCAGAAUUUAAACACAGAAGAGGAAGUGGAAAGCAUAGCUGAUAUUGGUUUUGACUGUACCAUGUGUAGGCCAUACAUACCACCAACAAACGUACCUUCCUCAGACUGCUGUGACCCAUCAAUUGCAGCUCAGAUUGUUUCAAAAGUAAAAGAACUAGACCCACCGAAGACAUAUACCCAAGAUGGAGUCUGUUUGACAGAAUUGGGGAUGUCUCAGUUACAGAGCCUCACUGUUACAGUACCAAGAAGAAAACGGACAAAACCAAAACUUAAGUUGAAGAUUAUAAACCAGAACAGUGUAGCUGUGCUACAGACACCACCAGAUAUCCAAUCAGAGCAUUCCAGAGAUGGAGAGAUGGAUGACAGUAGAGGUAAUGAAGGUGAUCUUAUGGACUGUGAUGGAAAAUCAGAUUCCAGCCCAGAACGAGAAACUGUGGAUGAUGAUACUAAGGUGACAGAAGGAGCUGAUGGGGUCAAAAAGAGAAAAAGAAAGCCAUACAGACCUGGUAUUGGAGGAUUCAUGGUACGCCAGAGAAGUCGUACAGGGCAGGGUAAAACUAAGAGAUCGCUCUCCAGGAAAGAUUCUUCCGGUUCUGUUUCUGAGCAGUUGCCUAGCAGAGAAGAUGGUUGGACUGAACAGCUGCCAGAUACACCAGUUGAUGAGUCUACUCCUGUUUCUGAAAAUACUGAGAAAAUAAAAAAGCGUUACAGGAAAAAGAAAAAUAAACUUGAAGAAACCUUCCCUGCAUACUUGCAGGAAGCUUUCUUUGGAAAAGAUCUCCUAGAUACCAGUAGACAAAGUAAGAUGAGCCUAGAAAAUGUAUCUGAAGAAUCACUUCUGAUGUCAUGUAAAACUAAUCAGACCACCAAUUUUCUGGAUCCAUCUUCCGACCCACUGCUUAGUUCAGCCUCUACUCCAGCUCAAGCAAAACUGGGAGCUCAAGGUAGUUCUGAUGACCCUUUGGCUGACCUUUCAGAGGUCUUGAACACAGAUGAUGAUAUUCUUGGAAUACUUUCUGAUGAUUUAGUAAAGUCUGGAGAUCAUUCAGGUCUUGAUUUAUGCACUUUCCAGGUUGAGAACUCACCCUCCCCAUUUGCUGGACUAGAUAUUGGUCCCAUCUCUGAUGAUCCUUCCUCUCUGCCUCAGCCAAGUGUCAAUCAGAGUUCACGGCCCCUGAGUGAAGAACAAUUAGAUGGAAUUCUCAGUCCAGAACUAGACAAAAUGGUCACAGAUGGUGCAAUUCUUGGUAAACUGUACAAAAUUCCAGAGCUGGGAGGAAAGGAUGUGGAAGACUUGUUCACUGCUGUACUGAGUCCUGCAACCACUCAGCCAACUCCUUUGCCACAGCCUCCACCUCAGUUAAUGCCUUUACACAAUCAGGGGGAAAGUGUGUUUUCAAGAGUACCACUUAUGAAUGGCCUGAUUGGACUUACCCCCCAUCUCCCUCAUACACCUUUGGCUCCUGGAGCUGGACUAGGCACUUUCUCUCCUAUUACACAACCACCGUACAGUGAUACCAGGGAUAAGAACCCAGCAUUUAAUCCAGUGGUAAAUGAUCCUAAUAGUUCAUGGACACCAUCUGCUCCCCCUAUGGAAGGAGAAGGGGAUACGAUGUCCAAUGCUCAAAGAAGCACUCUGAAGUGGGAAAAAGAAGAAGCACUUGGUGAAAUGGCAACAGUAGCACCUGUUCUGUACACAAAUAUCAACUUCCCCAACCUAAAGGAAGAAUUCCCAGACUGGACUACAAGAGUGAAGCAGAUUGCUAAACUGUGGAGAAAAGCAAGCUCACAAGAAAGAGCACCAUAUGUGCAAAAAGCCAGAGAUAAUAGAGCUGCUCUGCGCAUCAAUAAAGUGCAGAUGUCAAAUGACUCCAUGAAAAGGCAGCAGCAACAGGAUAGUAUUGAUCAUAGCUCUCGAAUCGACUCAGACCUCUUUAAAGAUCCUUUAAAGCAGAGGGAAUCGGAACAUGAGCAGGAGUGGAAAUUCAGACAGCAAAUGCGUCAGAAAAGUAAGCAGCAAGCCAAAAUUGAAGCCACACAAAAACUUGAGCAAGUGAAAAAUGAGCAGCAGCAGCAACAACAACAACAACAGUUUGGUUCACAACAGCUUCUGAACCAGUCUGGCUCAGACACACCUAGUAGUGGGAUACAGAGCCCCUUAACUCCUCAGACUGGCAAUGGAAAUAUGUCUCCUGCUCAACAGACAUUCCACAAAGACCUAUUUACAAAACAACAACUACCUGGAACCCCUACUUCAGUAUCCUCAGAUGAUGUGUUUCUCAAACCACAAGCACCACCUCCACCCCCAACCCCAACUAGAAUGCCAGUACAGGAUCCUCUUGCUCAGUCACAGACGCCUCAGCCUGCGUCACAACAGAUGUUUCCUCCAAGUACUACAAACUCUAGACCGCCCUCUCCAAUGGAUCCUUAUGCUAAAAUGGUGGGAACACCUAGGCCACCACCUGUUAACCAAAACUUUGUCAGAAGAAGUACCAUUACACCAAUGGAUACCUGUCCACCACCAUCAUCUGUAUCCAGGCCCAUUCAAGUAAGUGAACCAGCAGGAAGCAGGCCUUCACCAGUCAGAGAUUCAUGUUCUUCAUCUCCAGUUAGCAAUGACCCCUAUGCAAAACCACCAGAUACACCCAGACCUGUAAUGGCAGCAGAUCAGUUCCCCAAACCUUUGGGGGUACCAAGAUCUCCCAUAAUCAUGGAACAAUCAGGGAACGUUCCUUUAACAACUGGAAGCAAUGAUGCAUUCACUAAACCAGCUCCGAGAACUGAUAUAUUUCAAAGACAGAGAAUACCUCCUGCUGAUCCAUAUGCACGACCACCCCUGACUCCUACUCCCAUUGUUGAUGGCAGCCCUGGACCCUUUAAAACUCCAAUGCGUCCACCACAGUCCCCACAAGAUCCUUAUGGAUCAAUGCCACCAACAACAAGACGCAUUGCUGUUGAUCCAUAUGAAAGGCCUGUUUUGACACCAAGGCCAGUGGAUAGCUUUUCCCACAAUCAGUCUAAUGAUCCCUAUAGCCAGCCUCCUCUGACUCCUCACCCUGCAAUAAAGGAGCCUUUUGCCCAUCCACCCCGGGUAAUGCGACAGCAGAGUGACUCUUUCUCUCAGUCUGGACCCAUUUCAAGGCCAGCCUCUCAGGACCCUUAUUCCCAAUCUCCAGGUACUCCUCGGCCGGCUGCUGACCCUUAUUCCCAACCUCCAGGAACACCUCGACCCACCACUGUUGAUCCAUAUAUGCAGCAACCACCCACACCAAGACCUGCACAGCCAGCAAAUUUAUUUGUUCAGUCUCCAGCAAAUCAGAGACAUUCUGAUCCAUAUGCUCAACCUCCUGGAACGCCAAGGCCAGUUAUUAAUGACCCGUAUUCUCAGCCACCAGCAACUCCAAGGCCGGGGAUUCCAGAGAAUUUUAACAGACCCACGGUAAGACCAGGACUAAUGCCAAAUCGAGAUCCUUUCCUGCAGACAUCCCAAAACAGAGGAACUGCUCUGCAGGGCACUUUUGUAAGACCACCCGAUCCAUGUUCUCAAACUCCAGGACCUGCUGUAACAGAAUCAUUUAGCCAUGCUCCAGCAGCCCCAGCACAUGAUCCUUAUGAUCAGCCUCCAAUGACUCCAAGACCUCAGCCAGAAACUUUUGGAACUAGUCAGCAUGCCCACGAAGCUGAUCAGCAAAGGUCUGGAUCUGAGGGCAACUUUAAUGCAUCUGCAAAUUCUCCAAUGAGCUCUCAAGGGCAGCAGUUUUCCACAGUCUCACAAGUUUCUGGCCCAGCACCAACUACAGGAGUAACGGAUACACCGAAUACCAUGAACAUGUCUCAGGCAGACACAGAGAAACUAAGACAGCGCCAGAAGUUGCGUGAAAUUAUUCUGCAGCAGCAGCAGCAGAAGAAGAAUGCUAUCCGUCAGGAAAAAGCACUACAGGAUCCAGCCACGCCUCCCCAUGCAGCUCCGCAUCAACACUGGCAGCAAGAAAAUCUAAAUCAGAUUUUUAACCGACCUCCUCCUCCCUACCCUGGGAAUAUUAGAGCAUCCAUCAUCCCUCCAGGUGGUCCGAGGUUCGCAGUAUUCCCAAAAGAUCAACGUGGACCAUUUCCCUCUGAUGGGCAGUUUAAUAGACCCCAAUUUCCAGGAGAUAUGACAGCCAUGGGAAUGAGGCCUCAUGGUCUUCGAUUUGGGUUUCCAGGAGGUGGACAUGGUCCACCAACAGGUCAAGAACGUUUUCUUGGGCCUCAACAGCAAAUGCAACGCGCUGGAGUUCCACCACAGCUGAGAAGAUCUUUGUCUAUAGAUAUGCCUAGGCCAUUGAACAACACACAUAUGAAUAGUCCAGCUGGACUGUCUCAGCAUUUUCCACCACAGGGUAUUCAGGUUCAGCAACACAAUAUACUGGGUCAAGCGUUCAUUGAGUUACGCCACAGAGCCCCUGAUGGCAGACCAAGACUCCCCUUUAAUCCCUCUGCUGCUAAUGUUAUAGACCCAGCACCCCAGCAUCAGCGGCAUACAGGAUUUAUACCUAGGCAGGACUUUCAGGGUCCAAGACACAUAGAUCCAAUGAGACGUAAUCCUCAAGGUCUAACUAACCAGUUACAGAUGUCUACAAGUUUGGAGCAUUUGCCACAAUCUCAGCAAGAUAAUCAUGACCAUCCACCCGUGCUUGUCAUGCGUUCCUUAAGUCAUGCCCCGGUUAAUGAUGCUUUUUCAGGGACUCCUUUGCCUACAUCUGCACCCACUGAGGCACCUGGAAAUCUACAGAUUCCCAACCAGCCAACUGAUGGAUUAGAAGAGAAGCUUGAUCCUGAUGAUCCCGCUGUAAAAGACUUAGAUGUCAAAGACCUGGAUGGGGUUGAAGUCAAGGACUUAGAUGAUGAGGAUCUUGAAAAUUUAAAUCUAGAUCCAGAGGAUGGGAAAGGAGAUGAGCUGGACACUUUAGAUAAUCUAGAAACCAAUGAUCCUCACCUUGAUGACCUCCUGAGAUCAGGGGAAUUUGACAUAAUUGCAUACACAGACCCAGAACUUGAUCUGGAGGAUAAAAAAAGUAUGUUUAAUGAGGAAUUGGAUCUUAGUGUUCCUAUAGAUGACAAAUUAGAUAUCCAGAGCAAGACAGAAGAACCAAAACAGAAAGAACAAAGUGAUAAAACUUCAGUCCCCACUGAUGCACUUUCUCCGCAGAAGAAAUCUGCUAUGGAAAGUGAGAUUAAAACAGAAGUGCUUUCUCCAAACUCAUUAGAUGAAACCAAGUCUGAAAAUGAAAACAAUGAUGGCAAUGUGGAAUCUGCAGGCCCUCAGGUUGCUGCUGAGACAAAGUUAAAUGAUGGAGAAAAAGCUCCUGUGCAGCCUAAUAAUCCAGAAUUACCUGACAAAACUAUUACUACGAAUCAGGAAACAACUGUGUCUAGUCCAAAUGUUGUUCAGGGCCCUGCUAAACUGCCUGCUCAGGGUGUUAUAAAUUCUUGCAGUAUUUCUGGAUCCACACCAGUCCUUUCAAGUCUGCUGGCCAACGAGAGUUCAGAUAACUCUGACAUAAGGGCAUUAGGCUCUUCACCUCAGUCUUUGCCAGCAACGCAAACAAAUCACGUAUCGGGUGUUUCUCAAACACUAAUGACACCUGCUGGACAAAUCUUGGAAAACGCUUUAAAUUCUAAUCUGACCGUGGUUCCACGAAUAAACCAUAGCUUCUCUCAAGGGGCAACAGUAAAUCCAGGAUUUAUCCAAGGUCAGUCAACUAAUCACAGCUUUGGGACAGGACAACCUGGUAAUCAAGCCGUGACUUUGGCAAAUCGCCCUGGUCCCAGUGGCAUAUCUGGUCCCCAGCAGAUAAUGCUCCCACAGACUCUAGCCCAGCAGCAAAAUCGGGAGAGACCUCUUUUACUAGAGGAGCAGCCCCUUCUUCUGCAGGAUCUUUUGGAUCAGGAAAGGCAGGAGCAGCAGCAGCAGCGACAGAUGCAAGCCAUGAUUCGUCAGCGUUCAGAGCCAUUUUUCCCCAAUAUUGAUUUUGAUGCAAUCACUGAUCCCAUAAUGAAAGCAAAAAUGGUAGCUCUUAAAGGUAUCAAUAAAGUAAUGGCACAGAGCAAUAUGGGGAUGCCACCAAUGGUUAUGAACAGGUUUCCCUUUAUGGGUCAGCCAAUGUCAGGAACGCAGACUAGUGAAGGCCAGAAUCUUAUGCAGCAACCAAUCACACAGGAUGGAAGUUUGACACCUCAGAUUUCCAGGCCUAAUCCUCCAAAUUUUGGUCCUGGUUUUGUCAAUGAUUCACAAAGAAAGCAAUAUGAAGAAUGGCUUCAAGAAACACAACAACUUCUUCAAAUGCAACAGAAAUACCUUGAAGAGCAAAUCGGAGCACACAGAAAAUCAAAAAAAGCGCUCUCAGCAAAACAACGCACUGCCAAAAAAGCCGGCCGUGAAUUCCCAGAAGAAGAUGCAGAACAGCUUAAGCAUGUUACUGAGCAGCAGAGUAUGGUCCAAAAACAGCUAGAACAGAUUCGAAAACAGCAAAAGGAACAUGCAGAGCUCAUUGAGGAAUAUCGAAUCAAGCAGCAGCAGCAGUGUGGGAUAACACCACAUUCUAUAAUGCCAGGAGUCCAGGCUCAGCCACCUAUGGUUCCAGGAGGAACACCACCAGCAAUGAAUCAGCAGAACUUCCCCAUGGUAGCACAACAACUCCAGCAUCAGCAGCACACAGUUGUAAUUCCUGGGCAGUCCAACCCAGCCAGAAUGCCAAAUUUACCUGGGUGGCAACCUGCAACUGCUCCUCCAAAUCACCUCCCCCUCAAUACUCCAAGGAUGCAGCCUCCAAUGACACAGUUGCCAAUGAAUCCUGGCACACCAACUCCAGUGCCAGGUUCCAAUGCGAAUGCACAGUCAGGACCACCACCAAGGGUUGAAUUUGAUGAUAAUAACCCAUUUAGUGAAAGUUUUCAAGAGCGGGAACGAAAGGAGCGUUUACGAGAGCAGCAGGAACGGCAACGAAUACAGCUUAUGCAGGAGGUGGACCGACAGAGGGCUUUGCAGCAGAGGAUGGAAAUGGAACAACAUGGCAUGAUAGGGUCAGAAUUAAAUAACAGAGCUUCCUUGUCUCAGAUACCUUUCUUUAACUCUGACCUACCCUGUGAUUUCAUGCCGCCUCCACGACCCCUUCAGCAAUCUCCACAGCAUCAACAGCAGCAAAUGGGGCAAGUUUUGCAACAAGGCCCUGUGAACUCACCACCUGCAGUAAAUUUUAUGCAAAGCAAUGAGCGAAGACCACUGGGGCCUGCCCCUUUUGGGCCUGAACCACCUUCAAUUCCUGGUGGAUCCCCUAACUUCCAUUCUGUAAAACAAUCCCAUGGGAGUAUCUCUGGGACCAGCUUCACACAGAACCAAAUAAGGCCUCCAUUUGUGCCUGGUAUACCUGCAGGACCUCCAGCAGCUGGUAGUGGUCCUUCAUGUGGCCAAGACACCAGCACGCCCCAUGCACCAAAUUUCCCUGGGUCAAGUCAGUCUCUCAUUCAGCUGUAUUCUGAUAUAAUUCCAGAAGAGAAAGGAAAAAAGAAAAGGACACGAAAAAAGAAAAAGGAUGAUGAUGCUGAGUCAAUAAAAGCCCCAUCAACUCCACAUUCAGAUAUAACUGCACCCCCAACUCCAGCUGUUUCAGAUUCUACCUCUACCCCAACAGUCAGCACACCCAGUGAACUUACUCAUCAUCAGGAUGAAUCAGCGGAGCCAACAGGCUCAUCAACAACAAAUGCUGUGGAGAACCCGCCUUCCUUAGAUCUGGAAUGUAAGCAUUCCAAUAGUGGUUUGCUCCAAAAGAAAUUGCCUCAGAAAUCUAGUGUAAAUCCUGAAACUGAAAAGAGCAAGUCAGAUGUGCCUGCCAGCAUUCAGGAAAUUAAACUGGAAAAAGCAGAAUCUGAUCAAUGUUCUGGUCAAGCUGAGCCUAAAACAGAGAAUCAAAGUGGUAUUACGAUAGAAGACGACAAGGCCACACUGCACCCUGCCUCUUCAGCACAGAGUCCAGCACAAUCAACCAGCACCCCAGCAGCAAAAGGGGAGUCAGGGAAUGAACUGCUGAAACACUUGCUUAAAAAUAAAAAAUCAUCCUCUCUUGUAAAUCAGAAAUCAGAGAACAGCUGCCGAUCAGAAGAAGAAAGUGCUGGGGACAACAAACUAGUGGAGAAACAGAACCCAGCUGAAGGAAUGCCAACUGUGGGGAAUCAAAUGCAAGGUUCAUUUGGAUGUGGUAACAGCCAGCUUCAGAGAACAGAUAUAGGACAUGAAAUAAAGAAACAACGAAAUAAACGAACUCAGAGGACUGGAGAGAAGGCAGCCCCUCGGUCUAAGAAAAGAAAAAAAGAAGAGGAGGAAAAACAGGCUCUUUAUCCUAACACAGAUACAUUUAUCCAACUAAAACAGCAACUCUCUCUGCUACCUCUAAUGGAACCAAUAAUUGGAGUGAGCUUUGCACAUUUUCUCCCCUAUGGCAGUGGCCAGCUAAAUGGUGGAAAUCGACUUUUGGGAAGUUUUGGUAGUGCUACACUUGAUGGGGUUUCUGAUUACUAUUCCCAACUGAUCUAUAAGCAGAAUAAUCUGAGUAAUCCUCCAACACCCCCAGCCUCUCUCCCUCCAACACCACCACCAGUGGCUUGUCAAAAGAUGGUGAAUGGAUUUGCAACUACUGAGGAACUUGCUGGAAAGGCUGGAAUGCUGGGCGGACAUGAUGUUACGAAAGCGCUUGGGCCAAAACAGUUCCAGUUACCUUUCAGACCACAGGAUGAUUUGUUAGCAAGAGCUAUGGCUCAGGGCCCUAAAACUGUGGAUGUUCCUGCUUCACUUCCAACACCACCCCAUAACAAUCAGGAAGAAUUAAGGGUUCAAGAUCACUGUGAUGACCGGGACACUCCUGACAGCUUUGUUCCCUCUUCUUCUCCUGAAAGUGUUGUGGGAAUGGAAGUAAGUAGGUAUCCAGAUUUGUCUCUGGUAAAGGAAGAGAGCCCAGAGCCUGUACCAUCCCCCAUCAUUCCAAUCCUACCCAGCAGUACUGGAAAAGGUUCAGAAGCAAAAAGGAAUUAUGUAAAAUCAGAACAUAGUUCAGGAACUUUACCUGGUUCUGGCUUCUUUGGCUCUCAGCUUGGGCCAUCCCAAAAUGGUCUGAAAUCUGGCCUUAUAUCUGUAGCAAUUACUUUACAUCCCACAGCUGCAGAGAAUAUUAGUAGCGUUGUGGCUGCGUUUUCCAAUCUUCUGCACGUCAGAAUUCCCAACAGUUACGAAGUUAGUAAUGCCCCAGAUGUUCCAUCCUCCAUGGGAGUGUUAAACAGUCACAGAAUGAAUCCGGCUAUGGAAUACAGACAGCACUUAUUACUUCAUGGUCCUCAGGCAGGAUCCAUGGGCCCUACCAGACUAAUAGGGUCUUAUGGCCUGAAGCAACCUAAUGUGACAUUUCCUCCAAACAGCAAUGGUCUAGCCGGUUAUAAAGAUCACAAUCAAAAUAUUGCAGAAGGCUCGGCACUGAGACCUCAGUGGUGUUCUCAUUGUAAAGUGGUAGUUCUUGGUAGUGGAGUGCGGAAAUCGUUCAAAGAUCUGUCUUUCCUUAAACAGGAUUCCCGAGAGAUCUCCGAUAGAGUGGAAGAGGAUGUUGUAUUUUGUAGCAACAACUGCUUUGUUCUUUAUUCAGCAGCUGUGCAAGCAAAAAACUCAGAGAGCAAGGACUCAAUUCCAUCUUUCCCACAGUCACCGAUGAAAGAAAUGCCACCUAAAGCAUUCCAUCAGUACAGCAACAACAUCUCCACUUUAGAUGUACAUUGUCUCCCUCAGCUGCAGGAAAAAGUUUCUCCGCCUUCAUCACCCCCUAUCACGUUCCCUCCUGCAUUUGAAGCAGCCACGGUAGAGGCAAAGCCAGAUGAGCUUAAAGUAACAGUGAAGCUAAAACCUAGGUUAAAAACAAUACACAGUGGCCUUGAUGAUUGUCGACCUCUAAGUAAGAAAUGGAGAGGAAUGAAAUGGAAAAAAUGGAACAUUCAGGUUGUGAUUCCUAAAGGAUCAUUCAAACCCCCUGGUGAAGAGGAGAUAGAUGAGUUUCUCAAGAAACUGGGCACAACCCUUAAACCUGACCCUGUGCCUAAAGACUACAGAAAAUGUUGCUUCUGUCAUGAAGAGGGUGAUGGACUAACAGAUGGACCAGCAAGGCUUCUUAACCUUGACUUAGACCUUUGGGUCCAUUUGAACUGUGCACUUUGGUCUACAGAGGUUUAUGAGACACAGGCUGGUGCCUUAAUUAACGUGGAACUAGCACUGCGAAGAGGCUUGCAAAUGAAAUGCAUGUUCUGUCACAAAAUGGGCGCCACCAGCAGUUGUCACAGGUUAAGAUGCACCAAUAUUUAUCACUUUACCUGUGCCAUUAAAGCACAAUGCAUGUUUUUUAAAGACAAAACCAUGCUUUGCCCCAUGCACAAACCAAAGGGAGCUCAUGAGCAAGAACUUAAUUACUUUGCAGUUUUCAGGAGGGUCUACGUUCAGCGUGAUGAGGUGCGGCAAAUUGCUAGUAUAGUACAGCGGGGAGAACGUGAGCACACUUUCCGUGUAGGAAGCCUGAUCUUCCACACUAUUGGUCAGCUGCUGCCGCAACAGAUGCAGGCAUUCCACUCUUCGAAAGCUCUCUUCCCUGUUGGAUACGAGGCCAGCCGGUUGUAUUGGAGCAUGCGAUAUGCAAACAGGCGCUGUCGCUAUCUGUGUUCUAUUGAGGAGAAGGAUGGUUUUCCAGUGUUCGUGAUCAGGAUUGUUGAGCAAGGUCAUGAUGAUCUGGUUCUUACUGAUUCCACACCAAAAGGUGUGUGGGAUAAAAUCUUGGAGCCUGUUGCUUCUGUUAGAAAAGAAUCUGAAAUGCUACAGCUCUUUCCUGGAUAUUUGAAGGGUGAAGACCUCUUUGGUUUGACAGUCUCUGCAGUGGCAAGAAUUGCUGAAUCACUUCCUGGGGUUGAGGCUUGUGAGAACUACACUUUCCGAUAUGGCCGAAACCCUUUAAUGGAACUUCCUCUUGCCAUCAAUCCCACGGGCUGUGCCCGUGCUGAGCCUAAAAUGAGUACCCAUGUCAAGAGGUUUGUGUUAAGGCCUCACACCUUGAAUAGCACCAGCACCUCCAAGUCAUUUCAGAGCACAGUGACAGGAGAGCUAAAUGCGCCUUACAGUAAACAGUUUGUCCAUUCCAAGUCCUCCCAGUACCGUAAAAUGAAGACUGAAUGGAAAUCCAAUGUGUAUCUGGCUCGCUCUCGGAUUCAGGGCCUGGGCUUAUAUGCUGCUAGAGACAUUGAAAAGCACACCAUGAUCAUUGAAUAUAUUGGAACUAUCAUCCGUAAUGAGGUAGCAAACAGGAAAGAGAAACUUUAUGAAUCUCAGAAUCGUGGAGUGUACAUGUUCCGCAUUGACAAUGAUCAUGUCAUUGAUGCUACAUUGACAGGAGGUCCUGCAAGGUAUAUUAACCAUUCAUGUGCACCGAACUGCGUGGCUGAGGUGGUGACUUUUGAGAGAGGCCACAAGAUUAUCAUCAGCUCCAACAGGAGAAUCCAGAAGGGGGAGGAGCUUUGCUAUGACUAUAAAUUUGAUUUUGAAGAUGACCAGCACAAGAUCCCAUGUCACUGUGGAGCUGUAAACUGCCGAAAAUGGAUGAACUAGAAUGCAUUCCUUGCUGUCUUUGAGGGUUGCUUGUCCCUAAGAUGAAGUGACUUAUAUUUUGAUUUUGUCGACAGAAAAUUCUUACCUUCCUGGGGGGGAAUAAAAUCACUUCUGGGAGUUUCAGUUUCUAUUCAAGUGUAAAACAAGCACCAGAAGCAAGUCGGCAAAAUCUGAAGCUGUCUAACUUCCCAGAUGCCUGGAGGUUAAACUGAAUUACAGAAUGGUCCAGCACUUUUGUUUUUUGAGCUCACUACGGAGAAACUGUUUAAUUUGGGCAAAGAACCGAUGGCUGACCUGCUGGAGGGCAGGUGGGCAUAUAUGAAUGUAAGACUGAAAUCACCAGCGAAAGGGAGAAGUCCAAAGUGCUGGCCACAGCCUUAUUUGAUAAAGGGGCAGGCCCUCUAAUUAAAGAAAAUUUUUAAAUAAAAGUAGACACCACUGAACAAGGAAUGUACUGAAACGACUUCCUUAGGGAUAGAGCUAAGGGAAAAAUAACUUGCACUAAAAUACAUUUAAAAUACUUGAUUCCAUGAGUCAGUUUAUUGUAGUUUUUGAUUUCUGUAAAAUAAGAGAAACUUUUUGUAUUUAUUAUUGAAUAAGUGAAUGAAGCUAUUUUUAAAAAAAAAGUUAGAAGAAAGCCAAGCUGCUGCUGUUACCUGCAGAACUAACAAACCCUGUUACUUUGUACAAAAGUGUAAAUAUUUUGAGAAAAAAAUACAGUAUAAAAAAAAUAGUUAUUGACCAAAUGCUACCAGACUCUGCAGCAGUUCGGGUGCUUAUUAUAAAAUAUCAAUAGGGAUGUUACAAUAUGAUCUCAUGUGUUACUAACCACACCAUUACAAUUAUUAUGGAAUAACCAAAAUCUCAAUUUAAAGAGAGGAUUUUUUUUUUAAAUGUUUAAAGCUGGCUCAACUGUGGUCUAUUAGUCCUUUUUUUUCUUUUUUUUAAGUAAACUUUAAGCCUGGUAGAAGGCAUGUAUAUUACAACUCUGACUUUUAUAGAUGCUUGGGUAAGUUAGACUGAUUUAUUUUAUUUGUAUUAUAUUGUUGCAUCCCUAUUUCUUAAGUCAGGUUUUUUUGUGCUUACAAUUUGUGAUAACUGUGAAUAACUGCUAAAACCACCCAAAAUAGAGGCUGAACAUGGUUUUUUCUUCAGAAAAAGUAGUCACGAUUAGGUGACUGUUCAGCUUACACUAAAUCAUGUAAACAGAAUAGGAUCAUGUAGUGGGAGCUUAAGUCUAAUAUGAUAGCCUUCUUUAAAUGAAAAAACAAGGAAAAAAAUUAGAUGUAAUUGUGCUUGCAGCUGCAGGACUCUGGCAAUAGGGUUUUGGAAAAUGUAAUUUAAAAAUGUGUUUGUAUGGAUUGUUUUUGUUUACAUUUCUUUAAAAAAAAUAAACACUGUUUUGUGUUUGCUUGUAGAAACUUAAUCAGCAUUUUGAACCAGGUUAGCUUUUUAUUUUGUACUUAAAAUUCUGGUACUGACACUUCACAGGUUUAAAUAUAAAAAAAAUGAAGUUUUUUUGUGUGCACAAUUAAAGUGGACUGUAAACUGUUGGUAUAUUCAGUAAUACAGUUCUGAACUUGUAAUGUAUAUGGCAUGAUGUAUUUUUAUCUUACAGAAUAAAUCAAUUGUAUAUAUUUUUCUCUUGAUAAAUAGCUGUAUGAAAUUGUUUCUUGAAUAUUUUUCUUCUCUUGUACAAUAUUCCAACAUCCUACCAGUAUUUGUCCUACAGUUUUUUCUGUUCUGUAUAAUAGUAUCUAAUGUUGGCAAAAAAAAAAAGAAAAAAAAGAAAAAUUUUUUUGAAGUAUACAGAGUGUUAUGGGUUUUGGAAUUUGUGAAAACAGAUUUAGAAGAUCAGCAUUUACAAAUAAAAAUAUUUUACAUCUAUAAA